AAGUUCAACUUAUCCAUUGUGCGGUCUCAUUUAUUCGUCAAAAAGUGAGCUCCGAUAAACACGUAUUUCAUAGUGGUGCGACUAGGGUUAAUUAAAUAAAUUGCAAACAGUCAAAAUUUAGAGCGAGCGGAAAAUUAUUAAUAGUUAACACUUUUCGAGCUGUUUAAAUGUCGUGAGCGGGGUGAGAAAACACGGUUCGCCGCAGCCAAUCCUCCAGCCUGCAGCAAGCAGUGAAAAAUGCAAUAAAAUUGCAUCUAUUAGCGCGUUCUAAGCCUUCGAACAGUGGACAAAAUUUGCGUGCAAGUGGAAUACAGCGAUUGACAAAUAAAAUAGAAAAUGAUGGGAAAUCCGGAAAAGAACUAAGAUGAGGAAAUCGACGAGUGCCCCAACCACAUGCCGAAUGCUGUAAAACCAAUUUUAAAACUAAACGAAUAUGUGUAUCUGUAGCUCUCUGAGCGAAUAAUGCAAGAGGAAAGUCAAGAGGAAUCAUCGGAACGUACCACAACGCAUCCGAGUCCGAAGCCGUGGCAAAUGUGAAACACAUGUGAGAGCGUGUGUGUGAUGUGUGGCGUUAUAGCUUUCAAUUUGUUCUGUUAUUGUUCUUUUCUGGAUACGAAAUGAAAUCGAAUUAAAGCACACAAACACAGAUACAGAUACAGAAACAAAUACAAAUACAGAACCAGAUAAAAACAGAAGCGAAGAUACAGCCGAAAAAAAGUUCAAUUAACGAAACGAAAUACAAACAAACGAAGAAAACCCCAGUAGCAUUCCAUGUUUAAAGCAUUUAAAAGAAACUCCUAAAGAAGACAACAGACACAGACACAGCCACAGAAGACAGACCCUCGAUCUAUGCCAGAGAUCGGAGUCAUUGGAGUCUUAUUCCAGCGGUAGCUCCCCCAAUAUUCUCGUCUACAAAAUGUCCCUCGCCGACAUGGGUACAGCCUCAAGAUCCACCGGAGGUGGUGGCGGUGGCCGUCACUAUGAUCUUGCCUCUGGCGGUGGACCGGCAGGAGGUCUACCCGGUGGUCGGAUGACGAUGACCCACUCGCUGAGCACACCCUCUGGUGUGGAUGGCACACCCUCAACGCCCAGACAUCGCGGCGGCAAGAAGCUCACCGUUCGCAUACAAAUGCUGGAUGAUUCGGUUACCAUGUUUCAAGUGCAGGCCAAAGCAUUGGGUCGUGUGCUCUUCGAGCAGGUUUGCCGUCAGUUAAACUUACUCGAGGCGGACUAUUUCGGAUUGGAGUACCAGGAAAUGUCCACACAUACCAAAUACUGGCUGGAUCUGGAGAAGCCAAUGAAUCGCCAAGUGGGCCUCUCGCUCGUCGAUCCCGUGCUGCGCUUCUGCAUCAAGUUCUACACACCAGAUCCAGGGCAACUAGAAGAGGAGUAUACCAGGUAUCUCUUCUGCUUGCAAAUCAAACGAGACCUGGCCACAGGAAGUCUGCAGUGCAACGAUAAUACGGCUGCCCUGAUGGCCAGCUACAUUGUACAGGCCUCCUGCGGGGACUUUGUGCCCGAGGAUUACCCCGAUCAUACGUAUCUAUCGUCGUAUCGCUUUGUGCCCCAUCAGGAUGCCACCAUGCAGCGGAAGAUAAUGGAGAAUCACAAGAAGCAUGUCGGACAAUCCCCAGCGGAAGCGGAUCUUAAUCUCCUAGAGACCGCACGACGCUGUGAGCUUUAUGGCAUGAAAAUGCAUCCGGGCAAGGAUGUGGAGGGCGUGCCGCUCAAUCUUGCGGUCGCCCAUAUGGGCAUCACCGUCUUUCAGAACAUAACGCGCAUCAAUACCUUCUCGUGGGCCAAGAUACGCAAGAUAUCGUUCAAGCGCAAACGUUUUCUGGUGAAACUACACCCAGAGGGAUAUGGCUAUUACAAGGACACGGUGGAAUUCUUCUUUGAGGGUCGCAAUGAGUGCAAAAACUUUUGGAAGAAAUGCGUCGAGAAUCAUGGAUUCUUUCGCUGCACCACAGUGCAAAAUACCCCCAGACGCAAGACUCGUGUCCUCUCACGUGGCAGCUCUUUUCGCUAUAGCGGCAAGACGCAGAAACAGAUUAUCGAGUUUGUACGCGAGAAUUAUGUGAAGCGACAAAAUUUCCAAAGGUCUCAGUCAUUCCGGCAAGGGCCACUGAAUGCUAGUAGCCGAAGUCAAUCGCAUACGUAUGUGAAUUCCAGCAUUUCAGCCAAUCCCCUACUCCCAAUUGACACUGCGGCAUGGGACUAUCGCAAUCAAUGCAGCGACUCGAUGACCCCUUCUCUGACGAAGAAGGCAGCGGAUACCUUGGAUCGCCGACGCGACAAUCCUAUCGACCACAUGCGUUCUCAAGUCACAGCAGCCCAGGUGGAGAUCUAUCAGACGAAGAACUAUGCAGCGGAAUCGCCCACCUCGCAGGAGGAAGCGGCGUCAUGCUCGGCGGCGGAACGUCAACACCACUCGGCAGUGGCUAUGGACCAAAUGAAUUCGAACCGCUCGCUUUCACCACAGGGUCCGCAAUCGUGGACUUCGCCCAGCCACAGCAGCAGCCACCACCAACCGCAGCCACCGCCACGCAACGCUCCCGAUCAGGCUCGUGCGCAUCCAGGCGAUCACAAUAUAGGUCUGAGCCACUUGUCCCACUUGUACAGCAGCAGCACCCCUCGUCGAGUCUCAGUGGGAUCCCAGGCGUUUGUCCCUGCGUCGCCGCAGCUCAUCAGCAUCAGCACCCACAGCACCCACAAUGCCAAUCCCAAUGCCAAUCCCAGCAUCAGCAUCAACAACAACAACAACAGCAACACUAUGCCACACAGCACAUUGGCGGGGGUUCAUUCGGUGGAUCUCAGCAGCUCCAUGGACUUGGAGGAGGAGGAGGAGGAAUUCCUGGGGCCUGCGGACACGGAGGAGGAGGCGGAGGAGGAGCCUAUGGGGGAGGAGGAGGAGGAGGAAUUAGUCGAGGAGGAAGCGGAUUCGGACUUGACAGCAUCUACCAUCAAUCGGGAGACUAUAACGGCAGCAUCAGCGGCGGCAGCAUCGGCCUUGGCAUCGGGAACAUCGGCCUCGGCCUCGGCAUUGGCCUUGGCCAGUGCCCAUCGUCAGCCGCUUCGGUCACAGGAGUCCCAGUCGCAAACUGUCACCCCAGUCCAUUAUAGCAGUACCAAUUAUUCGAUGUCUAAGCAGUGCAUGUUGAACAACGCCAACGCCAAUGCCAACUCAACCGAAACGGAGACCGACAACAUCAUCUACACCGACAUCAACGACAUGGGCCACUACAAAUACCCGGACUUCCACAGCACCCUGCCACAUGCGCAUCCGCGUCCCCACGAGCAGGAGCACAAGAUCUCCAACAGCGAGCACCUCAAUCUGAACGAGCGCAACGACAUCUACGCGACGGUGAACCGCAAGGCCAAGUCCAAGACGCGCGAGAAGCACUUCAGCGAUGAGUUCAUCGAUCAGUCCAUCAUCCAGUAUGCCCGGGCCAAGCAGAUGGGGGGACCGCCACUUCUGCAGCAGCCCAGCACAUCGGCCUAUGCGGCGGCCGUGCUCCAGGAGCGCAACUACAACAGCAUGAACUACAACCAGUAUCACAACGAUCUCAAUCACCCCUCGGAGUCGUCCUCGUCCUCAUACUUUGGCACCGGCUUCGGCACCAAGCGCUAUGGGGGCCAGAGCGAGCGGGCGAAGCUGGCGCAGUCGGAGAACUAUCUGACGCCCUCGAUGGACUCGCAGAGCUCCAGGCACACGCACUCGCUGCCACGCAACUCGGAGCUUUCGGGCGUGGAUUCGGUGGACUCGUACGACAGUCACUACAUCACCCACCAUUCGGUGGGUAAUCUGCCGCCGCCGGCACGCCAGUCCUCCUCCUCCGCGGAGAAGCUCGAGUAUCAGAUGUCCUCGGGCAAUCUCUAUUCGACGGCCCAGUUUGUGAAGCCCGAGGAGGCGGCCGCCCACUACAUGGACGACGAGGAGGAGGAUGAGGACGAGGAGGAUGGCGAUGGCGAUGGGGAUGGCGAGAAUAUCUACGAUCAGGUAGAGCGUGAGUCCUGGUUGAAGAGCAGCUCGUGCAAGGACCUAUUCGAGCGCUACAGCAGCACCUACUACGACCGCGAGAAUCCCAAGCCCAUGACGGUCCUCGACAAAGAGUUCCUCUCCUCGAACCGCAUCGACUCGCCCGUCACACGGUACGACGACUCGCGCCACUCGCUGUACAUACCCAAGAACCACUCGAUUGAUGCCCACCAAGACUUCUCCCCGCUGCCGCAGAGCAAGGUCUACUCCUCGAGCUAUCCGGGCAGCACCUACAACGCCCAGGACAAGCGGCAUGGCCAUGGCCAGCACCUGGACUACUCGGGCUCACAGGAUGACAUUUCGCAGGACAGCUACGAGCUGCUGGAGAAGUACGACAUUGACUUCUUCAGCGGUCGCGGUCGCUCCGAGGAUCACAUGCGCUCCUGCUCCCUGGACUCCGGCAACUACAUACCCAGCGACGACGAGUCCGUCUCGGAGCAGCCCAAGUACCGAUCGGCCAUCGACGUGAAGUCCAAGUCCGCGGCGGACAUAAUGAACGAGAUCUGGGACGCCGAGGAUCCGCGCUAUCUGCCGCGCGAGAAGCUCUCCGUGAAGUCGGACGGGAACUUCUACAAGAAGAUCCAGGAGGCUCUGACGCGCACCUCCAGUCAGGAGAGCCAGAGCGAGAUGUUCGAGACGAAGAUCUCGCGCAGCUCCGACUCCAGCAAGAAGUCGCGCGACAGCCUCUACCACACGGACAGCAAGAAGUCGCGGGAGACCACCAAGAGCAAGACCUCGGUGGCCUCCAGCCAGGACUCGAAGGAGUCCCUGGUCGGUGACUGCUUCGGGCGCAACUACGAGAUGCCCACGACCACCUGCAAGAAGGUGAAGCAGUUCAACAAGAAGGACCUCUACGACAAGUUCGCCCAGUCCUCGCAGGACUCCAAGAGCGACUACUAUGACGCUGUGGAGGCGGGCGGUGCCGGUGGCGGUGCUGUUGUUGGUGGCGUGGCAGAGGCACCCGAGGGUCUCUACUCCCGGCCCAAGGUCAAGAGCCACGACUGCCUGCUCUCGGACACCCACAGCUCGACGGCCAACAGCUCGUUCUACGACAGCCGCGACACGUACUCGACGUUCCCCAGCAACAAGACACACAAGACCUCGAAGGUGCAUUCGAUAAGCCUCCAGAACGUGGAGAUCGAGCGGAAUGCCAAGUCCUUUGGGGCCAAGUCGCCCGAAUCGGUGUCCACACCGGCCUCGGGCAUGCGCUGCAAGGAGAAGGACAUCCAGACGGGCGAAUCGCUCGAGCAGACGGCGCCCUUCCGCAAGAGCAACUCGCAGUCGUGCAAGAUCUCCGCCUUCCGACGGCGCUCCGACAGCGAGAACAUCUUCAGCUUCGACCAGGACCGGAUCGAGUGCAUCCAGAAGUACACCAAGCAGUGGGAGGGCCAGCCCAAGGACAAGGAGUCCAAGCAGAGCCCCGAAUACCCGCUGACGCCCGAGCUGAUAUCGGAGUUCGAGAAGCAGCAGGCACGGAUCAUGGCCCACCAGAAAAUCACGCGCAAGGAGGAGCUGAUGGCCAAGACGCACUUCGAGGAGUACAACCCCAUAAUGGUUCCGCUCAGCUACAGCCACGCCACCGUGGAGCGCACCAAGAGCGACCCCAACUCGCUGGCCAACCGUGCGCGCCUCGGCAGCAACUCCCGCCGCCACGUACUCAUGCACCAGAAGUCCAUCGACCUGACGCCAGCCGACUCCAACUCCAGCGACGAGGACUACAUCUACAAGCAGAUACCGAGUGCCCCGCCGCUGUGCAAGGCGCACGGAAACUUUGAGAUACCCAAGUGCUACGACGGGAGCGGCACUUCCGCCCAGCAGGAGCUGCCGAAGACAGGCUUCGAGCUGCCGAAGAGCUUCUUCCGCGACUACGAGCGGCGCUUCACCAAGGUGCUCAAGGAGGACAUACCCUAUGUGCUGCACAAGCGGCACAUCAUGAACGGCACUGCACCCUCGCCCGGCGAGAAGAAGCACACGAAGCCCAAGUCACCCAAGUCGCCAAAGUCCCCGAAGUCGCCAAAGUCGCCCAAGUCGCCGAAGUCGCCGAAGGCCAGUGGCGCAGUGCUGCCCGUAAUGGGCACGGACUUCCUGCCGGACAUCCUGGACAGCCUGCUGCCGGCAGAGACCAAGGAGUUCCUGUUCACGCAGAACAUUGACCUGUCCAAGGUGGAUCCGAUCACGCUGGAGAUCGACAAGACCAUACCGACUAUACAGCUGUCCUCGCCGAAGCGGGACAUCACCAAGCAGAUGGACGCCUCCACGCUGGAGAAGCUCAACAAGAAGCUGAGCCAGAUCGAGAGCGACUCGGCGACCAGUUCGCGGACCGAGAGCAUGCAGCAGCAGCAGAAGCUCGAGCAGAAGCAGAUGGAGCUCAUCCAGAGCCUGCGCAAGGAGCUGCAGGCGAAUGCCCGCAAGGCCAACAAGCCGCGCGUCAUACCGAAGACCAAGUCGGGCGUCAAGUCCAAGAAGCAUGGCAAGACCCGCAUCACUUCGUUCUCGUCGGACGACGAGAGUCUCGACUCCGACGACGUCUUCGGCUCGGCCGAGGCCAUCCCCGACCGGUUGGAAUUCUCGCCCCCGCAGUCGCGCAAGGAGAUCGAAUCGAUCCUGCGCAUCGAGCAGAGUCGCCUCAUCUCGGCCGCCUGGGGCAGGGGCCAGACGAUGAGCUCCACGGAGAUCGAGGGCUCGCCGCCGCAGUGCCGUCGCCUGGCCGAUCUGGAGAGUCGCUAUCACACCCAGAAGCUGGACCCGCAGUACGCCAACGCCACGGAGCUGAGGCGCAUCUCGGAGCGCUCCAUUUCGAUACCCUCGUCGGAGGACGAGCCCCAUGUGCCGAUGCGCGGACGCAUGGACGAGUGCACCAACGACUACCAGCGGAACGAGAACAUACCCUCGCCCAUACUGGAGCAUGCGGAGUUCUUCCGCAGCAACGACGACAUCUACGAGACGUGCCACGAGGAGAAGAUCACCGGGUCCGACAUUGACUACACGCUGAAGAAGCAAACGGCCAGCGGAUCGCAGGCGACCAAGUCCAAGGUGAAGCUCAUCGAGGAGAUAAUCGACUCUUCGAUAGUGCUGCGGUCCAAGGGCCAUGCCCCGAUCCUCUUUGCCCAUGCGCGACUCAACCUCUCCGAGGGAUCGGUCUCGCUGCAGCGCCAGAAGGCCACACAGGUGCAGUCGCCGACGGCAGAUCGGCGCACCAAGAGCCUGGACACGCCAGUCAUCUCCCUGCAUCGCCUGCCGCCCAUGAAUGCCUUCUCCUCGAAAGACGACACUGUGGGCUUCGAGGAAGAGGCCGAGAUACUGGAGGAAAAGUCGCUGGAGCGUGCCAAUCAGGCGGCCGCACAGGACGAUGACAACGCGGACAGUGUGCACUCCUGCGGCGGCUCCAUUCCCACGCAGAGCAGCUACAACAAUGCCAACGGCAAGGACUCGCUCCUCAGCGCCGUGACUAUCGACAGCGAGGAGGUGCAGCUGCUGAACCAGCUGAAGUACAUCGAGAAGAUAGCCCUGCAGGGCGUCAAGAUCAAGGACAAGAAGAAGUCCAAGACGAGGCUCAAGAGCGGGGACCACCUCAUCCUGAACAUUCCCAAGUAUCGCUUCACCGACUGGUCGCCGUACAGCUCGGCCAACAGCUCGCGCAAGACCUCUCCCGGCGUGUCUCGGGCCAGCAGCAUCGAGAGCACGGGUAAGGGCAAGCUCAAGACAUCGGAGCCCUAUAAGGGAAAGCCCAUGUCGCGCAGUCGUCCCGAGUCGCGGCGCACCAGUGCGGACGACAUUAAGGCCCGGGAUGGCCGCGGUGGCAGCAAGAAGUCCAGUCCCAAGGAGCGACCCCGCUCCAUUGACAUGCGCCGUUUGAGCAAGGACAAGAGCAAGUCGCAGGAGGAGACCGAAGCGGACAUUGCCAAGCGCAAGGUGCGACAGCAGAAGCUCUACGAAUCGGCCAUGAAGCAGACCAUUACCAUGCUGAGUCCCGUGAAGGACACGCUGCCCGCAUUCCCCGCGCCAGAGGACAAGAUUCUGGUGAAGACGGACGGCGACAAUAUCAUCAUCGAAACGGAGUUCAAGUCGAAAGCCGAGGAUCACGUGCUGAUUGCCAAGGCACCGCGAAAGCUGGACACAUCGCUGGUGAAGUUCAGUCGCAGCUUCGACGAGGGCCGCAGCCCCGACAAACUGGACAAGGCCAACCGCAGCUUCGAGGAUCGCAACAAAUCUUUCGAGGACUCGGAGAAGUCGGAUGUGCCCGAGGACAUGCUCAUCAAGUCGCCCAAGAAGAUAGCCAAGGCCCAGGAGAUCAAGCAGAGGAUUGAGGGCAGCGUCGUCCACAAGAAGAUCGAUGGGAAGUCCAACAGCCUGGAGCGACCCGCCGAGCACCACUACCUCGGCACGGACAUCAAGGCGCGCAGCCUAGACGACAAGCGGCAGCAGACAGGAGCAGCUGCCGCCGAAUCUGUGGCGUCCAAGAAGAGCGAGGAGAAGCCCGCUCCUGUGGCCCGCAGCGCCAUCGGAGACCGCCGCAUGUUCGCCCAUCAGUACAAUGUCCAGGAGGAUAUCGACAUGCAGGCCGUCAUCUCUGAGCGUCGUUCGCUGGAGAUCCUGAAGCGUUCGCUGCCUUCUGAGGAUGCACGCGACAGCGAGUGCACCCACAGCCGCAAGGCCUCUACCGCCGAGAGCCUGGACUCGUUCGUGUCGGCCGACGACAGUCAUUCGCCAGCCAGCAGGUCGCCGGUGCCCGCCGGGGCAGAAGGUUACCCGCAUCGCGUGCCCACCAUCGAGUGCGAGGAGCCCUCCAUCGAGGAGGACGACAACUCCUCGGAGCGACGACAUCUGAAGGUCGGGCGGCAGGACACAAAUCGCCUGAGUCUCGACCGCAGUCGCAGCGACGAGACGGGCUCCUGGAUGACCGUGGAAUGCGACGAGUUCAUUGGAUCGGACACAUCUGAGAAUGAGCCGCGCACCCUGGAGCCCGACCGGAAUAUUCUCGAGACGCAGGCCACCCUAGAGGACGCCAACCCGCUGGAGUAUUCGAACUGUGCCACGCCCACGUCGGAGCUGAACAUACUGGUGACGCCCCCAAACGCCAGUCCCAUGAUCGAGAAGUCCGUGCUGGAGACCUUCGAGAAGUACACCUCCUCGGACGGGAAGAAGAAGUACAGCCUGGAGAAGCAGAGCGACAGAUCGAAGAGCUCGGACUCGUGGACCAGUGGGGAGAAGGACAGCAGCCCGCAGCGGCAGCAGGACUGGAGCCUGUCGGUGGGCAAGGAGAAGAGCUCCGUGGAGGAGGAGUCGAGUGUCAGCUGCUCCAUAGCCCGGCCGCUGGGCAUUUCGCAGGAUUUUGGCAACGAGGAGGCAAAAAAGUGCCAGGAGCUCAAGCAGCGCAUGCUCCAACUCGAUGUGGCCGCCGGCAAGGAGCCUCUGGAGGAUCCCUCCGGAGGAUCCAAUGAGCAGACGCCCACCAAUGAGCCGCCACCCAAAGUGCUGACCCCAGGAAAGAAGCCAACGACGCCCACGCUGGAGAAGCAGAGCCCCAUCGAUCUGGGCAACAGCACAGAGUCCUACCUGGAUCCCAUUGAGGAGCGCAUAGCCAAGAUCCUGCAGCGGACCACCGAGGACAGUGAGUCGAGUUCGGGGGGAUCGCGAAAGCCGCCGCGGAUCGAGAAGCCGGCCCGUGCGAAUGCCGGCAAGAAGCUGUCGGUGACCCAAGCGGAGCCGGGCAAAUCGGGCAGCGAUCGCAGCUCCCAAGAGUCAAAGUCGAGCUUCGACUCGAAGGGUUCCCUGAGCGUGGAGUCGCGCGGCUCGUUCGAGACGGAGAGCAGCUCCGGCUCGCUGGGCGCCGCCCAGAGACGCGGCGAUCUGGCCGCCAAGGAGCAGCAGAGCACCUGGAAGCCCUUCCCCAUCGAGAGCUCGAACAGCUCCAGCACCGACGAUCCCUGGCACCACGUGGAGACGGACGGGGGAUACGAGCGCUACGACGCACAGCACCCGCUGCGCGACUCCUCGGACAGCGACGUGAAGGAGGUGUCGCCCGACGAGCAAAAGAGGGAUGAGAGCGACACCAGCUACCAGGACGACCUGAACGACUUCCCCACAACGUUCGGCUAUCCGGCAAUGACCAGCAAUCUGGGCGGGAUCGGGGUCAAUCCCACGGACAUCAUCGGCUACAGCACGGGCUUCACGCUGGGGCGCACCCUGUCGCGCAUCUCCGAGCGUAGCACCGCCUCGGAGAAGUCCAGCAUGGAGGACGACGUGAGCAAGGCAUCCACGCACUCGGUGAGCAUGCGGGACGAGUCGGUGGGCUCCACCGACCACCAGCCCAGUCUCAGCUCCGAUUCGAGGAGCAACACCAAUCUGGCCUACAUCUCCGACGCCGAUCGUCGCACCUCCGCCGAAAUGCCGGAGAUUCCGUGCGACUCGGCCACCGGGGAUCGCCUCUCCAGCUUGGGGAGCAUAAACGACCCCAAGUCGCCGACCCUCGUCACGGGACGCUUCUCGGUGACCCACGUGGAUGAGCAGCAGGAGGAUGGGGACGACGGGGAGCGGCACACGCUGAUGUGCCUGUCGAAUGCGGGCAGCCAGGACUCGGAGGACUGGCCCCUGCCCGAGAUACCCUUCGACCAUGUGCCGGUGAAGCCCCCAGACAGCUUGUAUGCCAUGCCGGAUCUGGACAAGCCCGUGCCCAAGUCCUUCUGCUGGAAGGCCAGCAUGUCCUUCCAGCAGAGCCAGGACUCCGUGGACUGGCCCUCGCCCCCCUCCAGCACUGUCGGAGCCCCCAUCAUCGUGGAGAACAUCGAGACGUACUACGCCAGCGAGGCCCAGAGCGCCGACCAAGUGGUCCUCCUCGAAGAGGAUGCCCAUGGACAUGGCCCGCCCGAUGCGGCCAAGGUGCUGCCCUACGAGGACACCGCCUACCUCAUGUCCUCCGCUUUCGAGGACAAGGACUUUGGCAGCGAGCAGAUCCAGCCCGACACGGUCAGCUGUCUCAGCUCCACCCUGAGUGCCGCCUCGUGUCUGUCCUCCUCGCUCAACGUCAGCUGCAGCACCUCGUCCACCCAGCCCACAGCGAGGGCGGGACCCCGCAAGAACUCCAUCGCCGAGGUGAUUGUGGCCCAGCCCACACGCUCGCCAGCCCCUAGGAGCCCCCUCUCCGAGGACGAGCUCUUCUCCAACGACGAAGUCUUUAUGCCGGGCACCAUCAAGGUGCAGCUCUCGCCCGAUCCCCUGCUGAGGAAGCUGUCGCGCGGGUCGAACAACUCGGACACCUCCAUCGACGACAUCCUGUCGGCGAGCACCACCUACCUGGACGACCAGACGACGGUGCGGCGGAACUACGAGAAGAGGCUGAGCAGCGGCGGCAGCUGCAAGAAGUGCAGCCACUCGAGCCACUCCGAGGAGGAGACGAGCUCCAUUGGCACCGACCUGGACGGCACGGUGCGCAUGGGACUGCAGCACAAGAAGUGCACCCACAGCUCGCACUCGGAGGACACCUCCAUUGGGCUGAGCAUCUCGGAGUGGUCCACGGGCACCAACACUGUGCGGCAGUAUGCCAAUCUAUCCGGCUCCGACAGCCUGUCGGCCGUGUCCACGCAGUCGUGCGCCAAGAGCGAGAAGUCCAACCAGACCAAGUCCAGCAUGAGCUCCAUCAACAAGUCUGCGGAGAGCCUGAACGAGCAGAGCGGCGGCAGCUUCUCGCACAAGUUCAGCGGGGACAACGGCUCCUCCGACGGCCUGCGCUACGACAUGCUCUCCAACUCGGAGACGGACAAGCUGAGCGAGCCCACCUCGGCCACGCGCAGCGACGACACCACUCUGACGCUCACGGAGAUGGCCCAAACCAUUAGCGAGUGGUCCACCUCCAGCAGCCGCACGCUCGUGGCAGUGGGGGUGGCAGCGCCCCUCAAGCAGCAGCAGCGUGUGGGAUCGGGCGGCAAGGGUUCGCUGGGUUCGCCCAGCGAGGAGAAGCGCUGCUCCCUGCCGCAGGUGCACCGCCGCAGUGGCAGCAAUGGCAAUCAGGGCCGCUCCAGCCAGGAGCACAUCCAGGACAUCCAGUCUCCGUUGACAGGCGGCACCCCCAGCGGACAGCCGGAGACCAGUGCGGCGGCGCGCAAGCGGCGUUCCCUCGAAAUGAUGUCGAAACUCUACCAGAGCCAGGAGAUCUGCUCAGAGUCGGAGUCGCCUUUCGUGGAGCGUUUGUAUGCGCACACGGAGAAGCUAACCGAGCGGUACCAGAGCCAGGAGUUUGUGCCACUGCAUGGAGCGGCAGCUCAGACUGCUACUGCAGCGGGAGCGACAGCGGCAGCGGCAGCACUGAACACCACACAGAUCCAGACGCAACAGUCGCAGCAGUCGCAGCAUCAGCAGCAGCAUGUACGCCCGAAGCCGCGGGCACCACAGCCACCCAUAAAGCCGAAACCAGCGGUGACCCGACCCAUCAUGCAGGCACUGCUCAACAAGAUGAAGCAGCCAGGAUUGGCUGAGCAGGCAGCCGCCGCCGCUGAGGCAGAGGAAGAGGCGAAGAAUGUGCCGCCUCCUGUGGCGGUGAAGGCAGCUCCUCCGCCGGUGCCCACUGUGCCGCCGAUUGUGACGCCCAGCGAUCUGCCCGGGGAUGUGGGAGCACCGCCAGCCAAGCCGCUGGCCAAGCAUCACAGCUACGACGACAAGACGCUGUCCAAGACGCAGAUACGGGACUUCAAGACCAGCAGCAAGCAGCUGCGGCAGUCGAGCUCCUUCCACGAGCACAUGCUGAGCAAGUCGCAGCAGUCCUCGCAAGAGCAGCCCAUGCGGAUCGACGAGGAGCGCGACGCGCACUCCACGUCGUCGGCCACCAACACCACGACGACCACCAACACCCUGAACAGCGAGAGCACCGAACCCUACUCUCCCCACAUGCCCCAGCGGGCGGACAAGCUGAUCCGCUGCUCCCCCUACUACUCGAGCAGCCUCAGCUCGGAGUCGCCCCCGAACCAGCUGGUGCAGAAGCCCCCCCGGAAGGGAGCCAGCGCGCAGCUGACAGCCGCAGCUGUGGUCACCUCCCUGAAGAGUCCGCCCAGUGGCAACGACACGGACAGCUCGCUGGACGUGCGCGGCCAGGACCCGAAACUUCGGAGUCGCGGCUACCGCAAGAAGCGCCAGCUGCCUGCGAAGAGGAUCAGAGCCAACAUGACGGCCGCUGCACUGCUGGAGCAGGCCGAGAGCUCCGAGUGCUCGGAAGGGUAUGUGCCCGAGAUGGACUCGGGCAGCUCGGAGUACUCCUCCCAGUACCAGCGCGACGAUCAGUAUCUGGAGUUUGACGAGGAGCUGGAGCGCGGGGAGACGGACGAGUACGAUGACUAUCCGCAGUAUAGCGGAAAGUUCGAGAGCCUCGACAUGAGCGACAACGUGGACGAGAUGGGCUUCCCGCGCUACGACCGACUCGGGCACAUCACGAAGCCGAUGUACCAGGCCCUGGUGGAUCGUCCGGCUCCGGCCAAUCACCCGAUGCCCCCCGCCAGCGGGCAGCCCGUGAAGCCGGCCCGCACCAAGAAGCGGACCCUGAAGCGGGAGGAUUCCAUGGCAGCUAGCACCUCGAGUGCGGCUGCGGCGGCGGCAGCAGCGGCUCAGGCGCAGCCCUACCAUGGUCGGAACUACUGCAAUCCCGAGGAGAGCGAGUACGAGACGCGCGGAGGAGGUCUCUCCGAUGAGCUGGCCAACUCCAGUGAGGACAGUUGCAGUGGCUUUGGUGCGGUGGCAGCAGGAUCGGGAGCAGCAGGAGGAGCAGGAUCCAUGGGAACCAUACGACGGGGAGCCCCCAGAGGAGCAACCAUGGAGCAGCAGCAGCAUCAGGAGGGACAACUGCCCCGACAGCAGCUGCCAUAUCCCGAUUUUCUGUCCGACUACGAGAGCGAACCGAUUGAGUACGAGCGCUAUGCCUGUGGCCUGGACAUACGCGUCGAUCCUCCGCCCAAGUUCCAUGACUCGGAUGACCUGAGUGAUCAGUAGAGAUGAGAUCAGUAAAGAGCAGUGGGGUGAAUAAAAAAGGGACAAAACCGUUCUCUAGGCUACCUAGGAUGUUGCGUGUGGCGUGGCCCCUCUCCCUUUUUGAGUGCAGCAUUUUGAUUUCUUCCGUUGCCUUGGAACAAAAAUGUUUUUAGAAAAACUCUACGACUUUUACACACAAUCCAAGUACUUAUAUGUAUAACCAACUUAUUUGUAAUUGAGACUGAUUUACGACAAACCAAGAAAAGAAAAAUCCCAAAAAUCCUACCAGCUGCAAAACUGAAGCCCAAAGAAAAAGCCAAGCAAAUUGUUAUUGAAGCGUUUGAAAAUCAAAUCAAAUUCCAAAUUAAAGGACAUUUUAAUCAAAUUAAAACACACAACAAAUCAAAUAAAAUACAUACUUACAAAAUACCUUAAAUAAUCGAAUAAUCGAAAUGAUGACGUGUGACGAUCGUUGAUGUUGGAUGAAAAUAAUCGAAAGAUGAGAUCGAAUAGUAGAUGGAUGGAUGGUAGAUUGAGUUGCCCAUUAGCGGUAUCUA